CAGCCCGAGCGUGUGUAUUUGUUUACAGCCGCGGGCUCUCCGCCUUAACGGUUAAGUGGCUGAAAACCGUCACGGUGUUUUGGGAAAAAACACACAUUUUAGAUGAAGACAGCGCGUGUUACCGACACAUGUACCGCCGCGCGUCUGUCACGGUUGAGUGGGAACAGCGCCCGCUAAACCAGACAUGCUAAAGUUACGCUUCUCUAGCCCGCUAACGUGCACGGUAACGUCCCCCUGCGCGCCUCAGCCGUUACAAAGUGCAACGCCGACCGGUGGGCCACUCCGCCGGUUCACGGUCGCUAACUAGCCACACAGCCACGAAGCUGAGGAUGAGGUGUGAAGCCCCCUGCUUCACCGCCCAGCCGAGUGGACACAGCAUGACGCCGCCCGCCUGCACCCUUCCUCUUCCCCUCGGGGCCGAUGGCACCGAAUGACCGGAGCCCCGGUGCGUCAUGGCGCCGUGUGAAGUGUAUUGGGAUCACCGGAUACCUCUCCCGAAGCUCGCUCCCGUCCAGGCCAAGGUCGCCGUCGCCCUGGUGGCACUCCUGUGCUUUAUAAACAGCUAUGACGGGGAGUUUGUGUUUGAUGAUUCUGAAGCAAUAGUGAACAACAAGGACUUGAGACCAGCGACGCCUCUGAACAACAUCUGGAGCAAUGACUUCUGGGGGAGCAACCUGAGUAGCAACUCCAGUCACAAAUCCUACCGACCUCUCACCGUCCUGACAUUCAGGCUGAACUACCUCUUGGCGGGAGGCCUGCACCCCGUCGGCUUCCACGUGCUGAACAUCGCCCUCCACGCCGUCAUAUCCGCGCUCUUCAUCGACGUGUUCGCUCUCCUGAUUGGUGGCCUGUCGUAUGACGAGAAGGGCCGGAUACUUAACCACGCCCCCAAGACCUCUCUGCUCGCCGCCCUCCUCUUCGCCUCCCACCCGGUCCACACGGAAAGCGUGGCGGGCGUCGUGGGUCGAGCAGAUCUGUUGUGUGCUCUGUUCUUCCAGCUCUCUUUCCUCACCUACUGCAAAGCUUUCAACAGAGAGAGCGACAGAGAUGACAGGUUUUCUGUCCGGUGGGUUGUGGUCAGCCUCUCGCUGUGUGCCGUGGCGAUGCUCUGCAAAGAACAAGGCAUCACAGUCUUGGGUGUGAACGCAGCCUUUGAUGUCCUCCUGAUCUGUAAUGUUGAUGUGUAUGAACUCAGCCAGAGGCUGCUCCUCAGGAGGAACCCACUCCACGUGAGCGAGAUCUCGGGAACGGGGCUGCCCACGCGAUUGGCUCUCAUGGGUCUCGGGGGACUCUCGAUGCUCUAUGCACGCUGGUGGAUCAUGGGAACUGGACCGCCGGCGUUCACCGAAGUCGACAACCCUGCCUCCUUUGCAGAGAAUAUAUUUCUUAGAAUUGUGAACUAUAAUUACUACUACUCUCUGAAUGCCUGGCUGCUGCUGUGUCCCUGGUGGUUGUGUUUUGAUUGGUCCAUGGGCUGCGUGCCCCUCAUUAAGUCGGCCUCUGAUUGGAGGACGGCGUGGCCGCUGCUGCUUUGGUGCGUCCUGAUAGGCUUGAUAAGCCAAGCCUUGCGCUCGCAGGACAGCCAGCGAAGGAGGACACUGACCUUGGGCCUGGUGCUGCUGGUGGUCCCGUUCCUGCCGGCCUGUAACAUCUUUUUCAGGGUGGGCUUCGUCGUCGCCGAGAGAGUGCUCUACUUGUCGUCGGCCGGCUACUGCCUCCUGCUGGCCUACUCCAUGGGACACUGCUGCUGCCGCUGGUCCAAAUACAGGAAGCCACUCGGCGUGUCCAUGCUGGCGCUGGUGUGUGUGUAUGUGGCCCGCUGCGCCCUCCGCAGCCACCAGUGGCGGUCGGAGCGGCGCCUCUUCACCAGCGCCCUGUCCGUCUGUCCGCUCAACGCCAAGGUCCACUACAACGUCGGGAAGAACCUGGCCGACCGAGGGAACUCCACCGCCGCCAUCGCAUAUUACGAGGAGGCGGUCCGGCUCCAUCCCACCUACGUCCACGCCAUGAACAACCUGGGGAACAUUCGGAAGGAGAGGAGCGAGCUGACGGAGGCGGAGCGGCUGCUGGCGAAAGCGGUUUCUAUUCAGCCGGACUUCGCCGCGGCGUGGAUGAAUCUGGGUAUCGUUCAGAACAGCCUGCGGAAGUUUGAGGAGGCGGAGCAGAGCUACUGGAACGCCAUCCGCUUCCGGAAGAAAUACCCAGACUGCUACUACAACCUCGGCCGCUUGUAUGCCGACCUGAACCGACACAUCGACGCUCUGAACGCCUGGAGGAACGCCACCGUGCUGAAGCCCGAGCACAGCCUGGCCUGGAACAACAUGGUCAUCCUGCUGGACAACACUGGUAACUUGGGUCAAGCCGAGCUGAUUGGCCGAGAGGCGCUGAGGCUCCUCCCCAACGACCACACCAUCAUGUUUUCCUUGGCUAACGUCCUCGGGAAAUUACAGAAAUAUCAGGAGUCAGAGGGCUUCUUCCUCCUUGCUCUCCGGAUCAGCCCACAUUCUGCUACUUGCCAUGGCAAUUUAGCUGUGCUGUACCACCGCUGGGGGAGGCUGGAGCUGGCAGAGAGGCACUACGCUCUGUCUCUGGAGCUGGACCCCGAGGCCCCCGGCACCAGAGACAACUACAACAUGCUGCGCCGCAAACUGGACCAGCUCAAACUGGACCGGCUUCAACAGCCCACACCCUGAAGCGAGCCGACUGGGACCCCAGUUUUUUUAUUUUUAUUUUUUAUUCCACAUAGUUCCACUUGCUUUGAUUUUUUCUCACUAUUUCUAGCUUUGUACCAUUUGGGAGAAAUAAAGCCCAUGUUCUCCGUA